CCGUUUUCCAUUCUACCCGCUUAUUCUUUUCUAUGGGUUUAAAUCGUUUUUUAACUAAACAAAUACUGUAAUUAAAUGCAAAGAACAGGGUUAUUGUUUAAUUCACACACGUAUUCAGCAACUGUGGCCUGUUAGGGCGUGUUUUGUUAAUAUGUCAGCAGUAAGGUCAGUUACUGGAUUGGGCUCAAAGUGCUGUAAUAUGUAAUCAGACAGAAAAACAAUCUGCCAAUGCUUUUGUUUUCUACACUGGGGCAGCGAGUGCCUUUUCUUGCAGCAGGUAUCUUGGCUUUGAGAUCGAAGGCAGUGCAAAGACGAGUUUCCAGCAUGAUGUCUUCAUCCCAUCCUGUAGCAGCAGUCUGUCAGGUGACCUCCACCCCUGACAAAGAAGCCAACUUUACUGCAUGUAAGCGACUGAUUGAGCAGGCCAAAGAAAAUGGGGCAAGUAUGAUUUUCCUGCCUGAAGGCUUCGAUUAUAUUGGCUCAAGCCGAGAGGAGACGCUACAGCUCUCAGAAAGCCUUGAUGGCGACAUCAUAACUCGCUACACCCACCUGGCCAGAAAGCUGGACGUGUGGCUGUCUCUGGGUGGAUUCCACGAAAGAGGUCAUGAGUGGAAAUCUGAUCAACGAAUUUAUAACAGCCAUAUUAUCAUUGAUGGACAAGGUAAGAUUGUGUCCGUGUACAGGAAGGGACACUUGUUUGAUGUUGAGUUGACGGGUAAAGGUGUGUCUCUUAAAGAGAGCGCUUUCACUAUACCUGGACCUCGCCUGGUUCCUCCGGUCCAGACUCCCAUCGGAAAGGUUGGUCUUGGUGUGUGUUAUGAUCUUCGUUUCCCUGAGCUGUCGUCUGCUCUACAGAGACAUGGAGCAGAGAUCCUGACAUACCCUUCAGCCUUCACUGUGGCAACAGGAAGUGCCCACUGGGAGGUGCUUCUUCGGGCAAGAGCGAUUGAGACGCAGUGUUACGUUCUUGCCGCGGCACAGGUCGGAGCUCACCACAGCAAGCGAAUGUCGUACGGACACGCCUCAGCGGUCGAUCCAUGGGGUUUGGUGAUCGGUGACUGUGGGGGUACUGAUGUGGGCAUAGCCAUGGUUCAGAUUGACCUACAGGGACUGCGAGACAUCAGGAGGGACAUGCCAGUGCAACAGCAUCGAAGAGAAAAGGAAUAUUACUGCAGUUUGGAUUGAAUUACUUGUUGGACCGAUCGAUUAGAAGAAAUUAUUUUACAGUGACCCCAAUAAGUAUUUGGAAAAUGUUGGACACAUAAAUCAUUUAAGUCAAGUGGCAUCUGCAAAACUAAAAUUUUUCUUAGCCAUUUUAGGAAUGAUUUUAACUAACUAGUCAAUUCCUCUCAAAGUCAGUUUGACAGCCAGAAAUUGUCUAAAUAUCUUUUGUGGUCAUUUUCAACAGUAUAUCUAUUAUUAAAUCCAAAAGAGUUCUUAUUGUAUAAUUAUAUGUAUAUACAUGUAAAUAUAUAUUGGAUAUACUGUAUAUGCUGUAAAUGAGAACUGCAAAAAGUUGAUGAAAAAUUUUGAAAAUUACACUUUCCCUCAUAAAUGUAUAUAAACUGAAAACUAAUAGUUAAUGCCCUUGUUGUUUGUCAAUUUUGUUUUACCCACCUCUUUUUAUUAAUAUACUAUACUGCCCUACAAAUCUAAAACAACAAUCUAUGUGAACACUGAAGUUUUUUGUGGACUACAGAAUAGUAUCUCUCGGUUUUUUAAUCUUAACAUAGUUUAGCCAAAACUGACUGUCACAGGAUAAAUCAGAGAGAUCCGAUUUUGGUCAUUUUUGGCAAUACGCGUAGUUACUGUGUUUUGCCAUUGCAUUGCAGUAUAAAGUAUUAAUUCCAAUAUUAUUUCAUUCAUUAUUACAUUAUCGAUUAUACAACUAUUAUAUAUUAUAAAUAACCAGUUAGCUUUUUAUUGCUCCAUUCUUUGCUUUUGUAUAAUGUUUUACAAAUUUGUUUUUUUUUUUAAAUAUAUAUUGUUAUAAUAAUAGACACACAUUAUUCUACUAUGUGUAUACAGCCACAUCUAUGGCAAGUGCUACAGGAAGUGUGGGGUGAAAUGUCACCUGAGUAUCUGGACAAACUGACAGCUGUCAAUGCUGCUUUUGAUGAGAACUCUUUGAAGUAGUUACAUUUUUUUCAAAUUGUAAUAGUAAUUUUUCACGUUAUUAAUGUCCUGACUAUACAUUGUGAUCAGUUGAAUGCCACUUUGGUGAAUAAAAGUACCAAUUUCUUUCCAUAA